AUGAAAUUUUUAUUAAUCCUUGUGGGUUGCCAAUUAGCAGUUGGAUUAAAAAUUCAUUAUUUAGCUACCAAAUGUCCUUGUUCUGAGUUUUCAAAAUAAAAUUGUGAUGCUUCAAAGAUUUGUUCUUGGAAUGGUGAAGAUUGCUAGGAUUUGGAUUGUCAAUAACUUAGUUAAAGUUAUUGUUUUGGUGAUUUAACUAAUUAUAAAUGCAGAUGGGACAAGAAAUUUGAAGUAUGCAAAGAAUUUGAUUAUGAUGAAUGUGAUCAAAUGAUUGAUGCUUAAGAUUGUAUAGAAUCAAUUUAUUAUAAUAAAAUCAGUUGCUCAUGGACAAAUUAAAUGAAAUGCGAAUAAUUUGACUGUUCUAUUGAUACUUAUUGUCCUUCUUGGAAAUGUUCUAAAAUAAAUGGUAUUUGCUCAAAUCCAACAAUUGAAUUAAAUUGUUCAGCUUUAGCUAUAGAUCAAUGUGGAUCCAGUUAUAAUGGUUUUGGCAUUAAAUGCUAUUAAAAUGAUUUUGUGUAAUGUAAGUCAUUGGAUUAAACAUAAUUUUCAUGUUCCUAAUUAAAUGAUUCGAAGACUGAGUGCUAAAACAAUUUAUGCAUAUAUGAAAAUAACAAAUGUAGAGAUAAGGAAUGUACAGACUUAAGUAAAUAAUAAGAAUGCGAAUAAUUUUAUUCUAUUCAAUCUAAGUAUCUAACAUCCUGUUUUUGGACAGGCUAUUAGUGUGAAGAAGUGCAAGAGGAGGAUCUUGAAGAAUUUAACAAAGAUGAUUGUUAAAAAAAAACAUUUUUAACUUAUAGUUGGUCAGAAGAUGAUUAAUGUUAAAAAUGCGUAUUAUUUGAAGAAAAUGAAAGUGAUCAAGUUUUGCCUAUUGUUCUUGGAAUAACUAUUCCUAUAUCUAUUUUGUUGAUCUUAACUUGCAUUAUGAUUUGGUGGUGUAAGAAAAAAUAAAAAUUUUGCUUUAAGCCAGACCAAAAAAAAAGUUACGAAGAUGAAAUUCAAAAAGAUGAGAAAAAGUCAUCAGAUAAUAAUUUCACCCAAAGGCUAAAACAUGACUAAACACCAGCCCUUUGA